AAUGGUACAACCUUGUCAUGUAUGGAAGCAUAUCACACGUGCUAAGUCCAAUAUACUCUACAGUACACAAUGGGGAGGGAAACACUCUACAAUUAACGUAUCUUUCAAGUUCAGCUUCGGCCUUGACAUCCACUCCAAAUCAUUCGGAUCCACGUUUCUGGUGUCCAAAAAACUAGAGCUAGACGAUAUAUCACGUACAUUGAGAAACAUCAGACUGUGAGAAACCUCAAACUCCAACAUCCUCUGAUAUGUUCUCAUCUCUCAAAUAUAUUGGGAAUCUGUCCUCAUAAUAAGUCAAGUUCUUUCGCACCCGAACAGCAUAGAUCCAAUUCUGGAAAGAUGGCGAAACCGAUACCGAAUUUCACGGUUCAAGAGAUAGAAGAACAGCUCGGAUACACAGUCGUUGGACUGUAUUAUCCCGGCGACGACGCCCCAUACUUCUACAGCGACCUCACUCCCGUUUCUCAAUGCGCUAUUGAUCGAGCCCAAAGAGAGCUCGAUGAACAUGUGAGACAGUCUCUCGGCAAAUAUGAAAUUAUUCUACCCGAGUCGUCUCCGGGCGUUAUCGUCCGUCAAGAAGGUCGGCCAGAUUUACGGCUGCCACACUCAUGGACGACUACAUGUCAUCGCUGCACAAUGACGUUCACCUGUGGGAGCCGUGUCGGCCACUACAAUUUCGCUGUGAAUGUCCGUUGGGAGUUCGACCUCGAGUUAUCCUUACUGUUGACCCUACAUGAAGUAGUGACGAUGAACACCACGGCGAUGUUGCGACUCGACUUAGCCUGCGGACUAGGCCCCGUAUUCUCCCGGCUCUCGGCAGAGACUCGGCUGCAGAUAUACAAUCUUGCGAUGCCCAGAGGACAGUGGAGAACCGUGCUUGUCGACUGCCCAAAAUCCCAGUUUCCCGGAACUAUAGGGGAUCCCAGCGGCUUCUACUUUCCACUAAGCCACCUUGGUGUCCUUACAGCAAAUAAACAGAUGCGUCGAGAAGCGUUGCCGCUUGCAUAUCGUUCUACAAGGUUUCAGGUGGAUCACCUUGAUGACCUCGUCCAACUUCUCAUUGGCAUUGGCGACAUUGGCCGUGCCAAUAUAGGCUCGCUAGAGUUUGAUUGGCAAAGUAGGGCCGACGUUGAAUCACAACAGACCGAGGCUCCAACGCCUGCUGAAUCGUCACCGACUUUGCCUAUCACCCAUGUCACAAGCUGUAUCCAGCUGCUUGGACAGUGUCACAAUCUGAAGUCCGUGCGCCUCCAUUUUGACCCCGAUCUCAUAUCGCGAAUUCCACCGAAAAUUUAUCAAGCAGAUCCCGGCCUCAGCGGCCUUCGUUCGAUUCGAAUUGAGAGGUUGGAGGUCUAUGAUCUGGGCGACGAGCCGCUGGCUCAGCGCGAGUUUGUAGGAUGGCUACAAGAAAGACUACCACCCCGCCCAAAAACAAAAGUAGCGUGACGAGACGUCAUUGGGCAGACCGAUGCGAGACUGAUUUUGUC